AUCACGGAGGUCCCCAGACACGCGUACAAGGAAUAAAGGGAUCUAAAAAUGGAAAUGAGAGAAGAGAUAUUAGGAUGAAAUUAAAAUUUAGCUUGGUUCUGCUCUGUACGUUACAAAGCCACGAACGUAUUGACACACCUGAGUAUUACAGUCGCUUCUUCUUACUUUACUUUGCGUAUGACCCCGCCCUCCCGGCACCUGGGAUUUUUACCUGUCGUUUGACGUCACUUCCUGACUUCCUGAAUCAUCCGCCAUUUUGCCGACUCGAUGUGCGGACACAGAUCUCUUCUUGACUGUCGUUCCACUUGAACCACAUUUGGGUGCCCUUCCACAAGGAUUGUUCUGGGAAACUCCAGUGACUGUUUUUGAAGUGUUUCUCGUAACUGACUAAACAAUAAUGCCUCGUCUUUUCGGUAAGAAAAACAAAAGUAGCGAAAACAUCGCUGACUCCGUGCAACAGAAUCAGAAUGCUGCUGACCCGCCCCACCCAGACGAUACAUCAACAGGUAAUGAAGCCAACGGUGGAUCCAAAGUGACCAGGUCGUCUGUUGAACCACCACAACCAGCACAGCCUCCUAGACCCAAGCUUGUGUUUCACUGUCAGCAGGCUCAUGGCAGCCCCACUGGAAUUAUCUCUGGAUUCACAAACGUGAAAGAGUUGUAUCAAAAGAUUGCAGACUGCUAUGAUUUGGAUGUAUCAGAGAUUUUAUUUUGCACCCUAAACACACACAAGGUUGACAUGACCAGGCUUCUUGGGGGACAGAUUGGGCUGGAGGACUUCAUUUUUGCUCAUGUCAAAGGUCAGCCGAAAGAAGUGGAUGUGACAAAGUCGGAAGAUGCCUUGGGCUUGACCAUCACAGACAAUGGCGCAGGCUAUGCCUUCAUUAAAAGAAUCAAGGAGGGUAGUAUAAUGGACAAUGUACCCUUGAUAGCUGUUGGUGACCACAUCGAGAAAAUCAAUGGAGAAAGUUUAGUGGGCUGCCGGCACUUUGAAGUGGCCAAGAAAUUAAAAGAAAUUCCCAAAGGAACAACUUUUACACUGCGGACAGUGGAACCAAUGAAAUCAGGUUUUUCGAAUAUAGGACCUUCCUCUGGCAAGAAGGGAAGCAGCAGCCUGGGCACAGGGAAACAGACAUUGAGGUUACGCUCUUCUGGACCAGCUACUGUGGAAAUUCCGGAUGAUGUUGUUAAUGUUGCUACUGACAAGAUCAACAACUUGCUGGAGUCUUUCAUGGGCAUCAACGACACCGAAUUAUCCCAAACUAUCUGGGAAAUUGGUAGCAAAGUGGACAACCCUUCAGAUUUUGCUAUUAAAGUGGACGAAUCGGAUCUCCAAGUAUUUGGCUUCACCGACGACUUUGUGUUUGAUCUAUGGGGGGCGAUUUCAGAUGCCAAGAGUGGUCGGUUGAACAAGGCGGCAGAGUUUAACGAGCAGUUUUAAUGUCAAGCCAUCAGAUGUUUCGGUCAUCGUCAUCACCAUCCUCUUCAUUAUGUAUCAUUAUGCAUCAUCACAGCCUUCAUCAUUGUGUUAAAUCUGAUCAAAACUUCAUUAUUUCACUGUACUGGUCUACUGGUCAUCACCAUUAUUUCUGUUUUAAAAAGUUUCUUGUUAUAUUUUUUCCCUAUUGUAAGAUUAGAAAAACUAAAUUGUGAUCUUUUGUAUACUGUUCUCUUUUGCCUUCAUUCCAGCCACAGUCAGGAGUCUGAAUUUUUUUAACACAAAUUAUUUUUAUUAUCAGUGUACAUGCUAUGCUAUUGUUUUUGGAGAGAGUGUCAUUUCGUACUCUUGUUAUCCUCCUGUCAAACUGGUUAAUGUUUUGUUCAUCAACAUUGUAGCCUUUAUCGACACUUCUAUGCAUUGAAUGCUCAACUCAUCUCUAAGUAAAUGCCUCCGUAAUGUGGCCAGAUUUUUCUGCUGUAUACAUGUGAGAAAAUACAUUUUGAUGUUUGUUUUAUAUGUCAGGCUUGGGAGGAACUGCUUUGGAAAAGUAAAGUGUUGCAUAAUGAGUGUUGUGUUCUGCUUUGGAAGAGAGGGGGAAAAAAAGAAGAAAAAUAAGCAGACCUGUUGGUUUACAUAUUUUAGGAAGUUCUUUGACCUGGAAAUUGAUUUUUCAGAAAGCAUUGGAUGACAGAGCUGUUGUGGCAUAGUUUGUUAUGUCAUUUAUUUUACAAAGUUUCCUUUUCUUUUGUUUUGGUGUUGUUGACAAUCAAGUUUGUCUGCCCCCCCAAAAAAAAAAGUUCCUUUUUGGGCUGUACUGGAGGUGACUUUUUUGUGCUCUUAAUGAAUCAUAACUCGUAAAUUGAAGAUCAUCAAAAAAAAAAAGAAUUUAAAAAAAUCUUGUCAUCAUAUUGUAAAUGAACACUGUCAAAACAGAUCCCUUGCAGUUUUAUCCCUGUUUGACUGAAGUACCCCAAGCAUUACCAUCAUUUUCUCUUGUUGAUUUUGGCACUCUUUUGGUGGGAAAACUGUCGCUUGCCGUUGUAAUCUGUUCAUUUGCCUUUCAAUUUUUCCAUACAGUAGUAUAAUUAUUCCUUUGGUUAUAUCAUUUACCUUUGACGGAUUGUUGAAAGUUGUUAAAGAUUUUGGAAGACAUUCCAGGUUUUGUGAUACACGUUCAUUGUUUACUAUGAGAUCUUGGUACUUUUUGUGUGAACAAGACCAGAAGAUUUUUUUCGAUGUAUACAAUUCGAAAACUAAAGAUUUUUUACUUGAUAUAUUUGUUAGAGAAAUUCCAGAGUUGUGCUUCAAUUCUGUGCUAAAAAUAGUUAUAAACACCCGAGUACUUUAGUAUAGGGUAACUUUGUCAUUGCUUUAAAUGGAAAUGAAAACCGUUUUGUGUUGUGUUUUAUUGUUUUGUCUUUGGUUUCCUCUCGACACUUUAGUUCAGGGACAAGUGUGUCUCAAUUAAAGAUGCGACCUUUCGAGAAACUCAAGAUUCCAGAAGUGUACAGUGGGGUACCUUCAUGGUGUCUUGUGUGACAUAUCCAUGUCCAUCUUUUUAUUUACAGCAUCGUCGCUGUCUCUUGUUUGUUUAUUAUCCUGUUAGUUGCGGAAAUGUUACUAGAUCUCGAUGGCACACCUACUCAAACAUUUUUUUAUUUCUUGCCAGGUUCACUUGUUUUUUAAAAUUUGCGGCGUACAAUUUAUUCCCUCCCUCCUUUUUUUUCACAAUAAACCUUUUAACACCCCCACCCCUCGGCCACAUCUUCUUCUCCUUAUUGGUCACAUUUCGUAAGAGGAUGGUCACUUGAGAUGUGCUUUGUAUAUCCUGCUGGUUGGGAAAAAGCUUUUGUUCAUAUGUAGACAAACGUGUGAAAUGGAAAACAUGUCGCUGAUGUAUCCUACAACAUAUCUGCCGCCACUGUUACCAUCAUCGACACCCCCCCCUCCCCCCUCCCCCCUUCUGUUCUCCCCAUUUGCUUGCCUUAGGACUCUCACUCAACCUUCAGUGACACUCGUGUGGGCCGUCCUGCCUGGUUACUGCGAGCUGUAACUAGAGUGUUUUGACAAACUAGAGUUCUCCAUGUCACUUAUUCUGAAUGCUUUGUGUUUGACUGAUGCGCAGGUUAUUUCAUUUUCUGACUGAGAACCCUGUGGUUGUGGUAUUGUGGGUGCUCUGCUUGAGCAGCCUGCUCCAUCAUUGUUUUGACCUCAUAUUGUGUCCCGUCUUCAACAGAAUAUGAUGCCGUCAUAUAUACUACCCUGUUGUUUUUGUUCAGUGUUGGUAAACUUUAAAGAGUGCUGAGAAUUCCAAUGCUUCUCAGGAACCAGCCCUUUUGCUUUAGUUGCAAA